ACAGGUAGAAAAGAAAGGAAUCGGUUAGUCGGAUGAAAAAGAAAUAUUGCCAUCCAUCCAUUUUCUGAACCCGCUUGUCCACGCAGGGUCGCGGGGGGGCUGGUGCCUAUCUCCAGCGGCCAAUGGGCAAUCAGGCGGUAUACACCCUGGACAGAGUGCCAGUCCAUCGCAGGGCAACACAGAGACACACAGGACAAACUACCAUGCACACACACACACCUAGGGACAAUUUAGACAGACCAAUCAACCUAACAGUCAUGUUUUUGGACUGUGGGAGGAAGCCGGAGAACCCGGAGAGAACCCACGCGUGUACAGGGAGAACAUGCUAACUCCAUGCAGAAAGAUCCCAGGCCAGGAAGCGAACCCAGGACCUUCUUGCUGCGCAGCCCAAGAAAUAUUUCAAAAGUGUAAACUCAACCGUUAUUUAUGAAGUUAAAGGUCACAUUCCCCCUUCAUUACCAAAAUACGCUGGAAUGAUGGAUUCUUGGUGAAUUAUGGUCAAACCAACAUUUCUAGUUGAUUUUUUUUAUUCAUAUGAGUGGAGGAAGUGUUGGUAAGAGCCAGAGAGGUCAAACAAAACAGAUUUCCUCAUAAAUGAACAUGGGUUUUUAUCUACAUGCGUGUUCUCCCCAUGCAUGCGUGGGUUUCCUCUGGGUACUCCGGUUUCCCACACAGAUCACAGCAUUUCCUGUAUACAGGUUAUAUAAAUUGUAAGUCGCUUUGGAUAAAAGCGUCUCCUAAAUAAAUAAACAUAAACAUGAAGCUAAUCUGAAUCUACAUUAUGCUGCCCACUGUUCUCUGAAGACAAGGCUUUAAAAGAGAAUUUUUAAUGUUGCAACAUAAACUUUCAGAAGAUAAAAAUGAACUCAGAUGUAAAAAAGUCAAAUUGCAGAAUUGAGAUGGCUACAAUUAGUUGACUUACCUGCCCGAUGUAGUUUUUAAAGCUCCUGGCCGCGUGGUUCUGAUAAAAGAUUGUGAUCAACAAAAGUCAUGAGUCACUCCUCUUUUCUUCAUAAUUUCGCUUCCAGGAGAUUUGUUUGCGAUUUUGAAGCGUUUUCAGAUUUGAGAAAAAGGAACAGAAAAUUGUCCAUUACUCUGUUGUUUGAUUCGUUUUGAGGCAUUUAGCUUUUUAUUCACAUAACCCCACAAUUUUAGUUUUUUAUACCGUUUAAAGGUGUGGGACACUGCAAAACCAGUGUUUUAUUGAAAAUUUGGGAGCAUAAUCGGUCACUGAGUUUUCCAUGCAGGCUAAGCAUGAAAAUAGUCUCCUACACCUACAUAUCUACUGCAUUAGCUUUUGAGAGCAAACAGAUGGUGAAACUCUAGGAUUUGAAAAGCCGGACGAAUCUACAUCACACUGUCACUUAACGCUAAUAGACUCUCCCAUCUUAACUCAUGACAGGGAAGGCUGUUUUUGGUUUAGCGUGCAGGAGUCUGUGGUAGAGUCAUGUUGCUGUUGGCCAAUCGGAAGAGAGAUGUCCAAAUAUCAGGAAAUAAGUGUCCAAAAUCAUCUCUAAACUUCCGUUCAUCUCCAAGAUCUUGGAAAAGGUUGGGGCUAAACAACUCACAGCUGCUCCUGAUGAGCAUAACAUGAUAGUUUCCAGUCAGGUUUUCGUAGAGCUCAUUCCACUGAAACAGCUCUUCUUAGGGUCUCAAAUGACCUUCUGACUCACAGUGAUGCACGGGACUGUUCUGUUCUGGUCCUGCUGGACCUGACUGCAGCCUUUGACUCUGUUGACCAUCACUUGCUACUGGAGAGGCUGAGAGACUGGGUAGGCCUAUCAGGAACUGCUCUGGAGGGGUUCUCCUCUUAUCUGUCUGAGCACUCCUUUUCUGUGGCCGUCUCCAAGUUUAGGUCUUCCACCACCUCUCUUACCCAUGGUGUCCCACAAGGUUCUGUGCUGGGGACUCUGCUCUUCUUCCUCUAUAGCACAUCCUGAGCUCAUUCAAAGGAAUCUCCUACCAUCUUUAUGCAGAUGACAUCCAACUGUACAUCUCCUUUAAGCCCCAUGAGAUGUCUAAGCUUACACACCUGCUUAGACUCUAAAAACCUGGAUGGCUGGGAGCUUUCUACAGCUGAAUGAAGAUAAGACUGAGAUCCUCAUCUGUUCCCCAGACAAGCUGGUUCCCAAAGUCAGAGAUUCUCUUGGUCAGCUUGCUUCUCACACCAACCCCUCUGUCAGGAAUCUUGGUGUGACCAUUGACACAGCUCUCACCCUGAAUUCUCAUGCCAGAGGUCCAGUGAUCAAAGCCUACUGGUUGUGCAGCACCAGACUAAAGCCCAAAGGUGACCGAUCAUCUGCUGCUGUGGCCCCCAGACUCUGGAACUCUCUCCCCCUGAACCUGAGAUAAGUGGACUCGGUGGUCUCCUUUAAAAAGCAGCUGAAAACUCUGCUGUUCAAGCUGGCUUUUGCAUGACCUUCGUCGCCCUCUCCUUAUUCUGCUCUUAUUUCACCCUGCCCGGGAUCCACUGAUUUCCCUCUUUCCUAUUAAUUUUCUCUCUCUUUCCUUACAUUUUCUUCUUCUUUCUUCUCCUCCUGACACUACUACUUAUGGGCCCCAUCUAGGUGUCCUGGCUGGGUUAUUAGUUACAUUUCGUUGAAUCUGUAUUUUUAUUGCUAAAAAAGAUGCUAAACUAGAUAACUAUAGUAGUGAUUUCUCCGGAGUAAAGCAGUCAUGAAUGGGUGUUGGACCCAAGGUGCAGGUGAAUGAGCAGGAGACAGGCCGGUAAACUCACAAAUGCUUCAAAGGAACCAAAACGAACUGGCAGGAAAACAAAACGAGGAACUGGGAUAACUGGUAGCUAAAACAACACAGACAAACAGCAAGAUCAGACAGAGUGGAAGAACCAGAGAGUUUUUAAGCAGUGGUGGGCUAUUUAAAAACAGGGGCAGGUGAGCUGAUAACUGAACCAAAGACCAGUAGUUCGUGACAAUUUCAGCUUUUGGAGUCGGACCUCGACUUUCCACCGAAUGUGCAAAUGUAACAUGAACGCCUUGGCAAAGGUAAAAAUAACAGAAAAUAACCCAGAGACCUUUUGGAUACUUCCCGCCAUCUUUCUCCUAGCUUGUAGUCGCGUGAAUUUGUAAAAUCACGUGUGAUCUUGCAAUUCUCCUGUGAUGUGAUCUAACAGGACCGGUUGCAUGGAACACAUUCACUGGCACUGCACAUCUGAAACUCUUUCGGUAGGAAGGGUGGUGCCUCUGUGGUCGUGGUAAACUCGCAUCCAUUACGUUGUGCGCCGCUUACACGUUUGGUGGAAAGCCAAGGUCAUUCUAAUCACUAUAGACAUUCAUUACUAAAUGUUAUUGUUUUUUUCUGUCAGACUAUUGUCAAAUCAAUAGCUAACUACAUCUGUUAUUAAAUAACUGCAUAAUUUGGUCUUUGAUUUCAACGAUGGAGAGGAGCAUACCUUGUACGUGUAGUGUAUUGCAGCUACACUGACCUAUACAUUAUUUAAAGGUGUUGUUCACUGAAAAAACAUUUUUAAUGAUUAGUUCUGAUUAUAGUCAGACACCGUGAGUAUUUCGUGAAGGCUGAACGAGAAAUAGUCUUCUACACCUAUCUCCUGCCUUAGCUUCUGAUAGAAAACGGACGGUGAAACAUUAAAUUGAAAAGUCAGAUAGCUCUACAUCACGCUGUCACUUAACAUUCAUGGACUCACCAUCAUGACUCACAAUGGGUAAGGCUGUUGUUGGUUUAACAUCAGGAAUCAGCAGACAACGUCCCGACUAGUAAAAGCUAACCGUUAGCAUUAGCAGCUUCAGCAGAGUGAAGAACUCCCCCAGACUUGUGUUAUUUGUGGAGAUAAAGCAUCCACAUUGCAGAGGUAGAGUUGCGUUGCUGUUAUCCAAUCCAAGGCAAGAUGUCCAAAUAUCGGGAAAUACGUGUCCAAAUCAGCUGGUCGGUACUGAUCCAAAAAAUACUGGGCUUUUUUGUCCUGAGUACGGCUUGCAAGGCAUUCAUUAUAUCGGAGACAACUGCAAAUGUAUUGAUUUAAAGAUGUUCCCACACAUUUAAAUUAUGGGCAAAAACACAAUCUGCUUAAUAGGAUAGGAGAAAUACAGCAUGAUCAGCCGAGUUGGUGAUCAGCCAAUCUAAAACUUAAAAAAAAUAACUGUACAUUUUCUUGGUUUAUGAACCCACCAUUGCUCAGUGCUAAUUCAUGCUAGCAAUAACAAAUCUUUCUGGAGGUUUUUACAUCCAGAAUAAUUCUUUUAAAGAUAAUCUCCUUUUUAUUUUAUUAUAGCUCUUUGAGAUAAAUUGACCAAGUUUUGUUGCUAUUGUAACAUCAGAACUGUGCAAGAAUCUGAAAUCGGUACUGGCCAAUGAAACCAGAAUUGGUGCAUGUAUUCCCGGUUUUAUUAAAGUGAAUGGAGACUUUAUGGUAUAAUAGAUGUGUAAAAAGCAAAAUAAACUGUUUGCUGGUGUUAAACCUAGUUUAGAGGUAAAUGUGACGUUUUAAUUGCACCAUGCCUACUGAGGGGUUUAAUGUGGGUUUUAACAGUCUAGUGGUUGGUUUAGAUGACAGGGGCGCGUGCAUUUAUCACGGGUGUUUUAAUGGAGAGAAACUGACUUUCCUCGAUUUAUUUAUUUGCACAUUUUGCUACUUCCUCGUGUCUUGUCAGUGAUGGUCACUCAGCGGAGGGUAUCUAGAGAGGCAGCUGAAAUUGGUUUCACAUUAAGUUUCGGUAGAACCAGGAAGAGAGCGCGCGCGCACACACACACACACACACACACACACACACACACACACACACACACACACACACACACACACACACACACACGAGAACAUCUCGCAGGCAGCGCCACCGAACGUCCUCUCCGCUCCACUCCUCCCCAGCUCUCCCAGUUCACCGAGCUCCUGCCACCGCACCAGUCCGGGCUCGUGCUCCCUCCUCGCGGGCUUCGCUCGACGCUUCUCCCCCCUGGCUGGAUAGCGGAGGGGAGGAAGGGCGCGCGUAGUUCCCACCUCGCUUUUUAUCUUGUCGCUAUUUGGCCCUGGAUGUUUGAAGUUGUUCCGACUGCACAGCGAGAGAGAGCGAGAGAGAGGGAGAGAGAGAGGAGCGCAGAAGCCGUUUUCCGCGGACCGAGUGGCGGAUACCGGAACCCAGCGCUGCGAUCAGAACAGCCUCACCGUGAGUAUGUCGAAGAAUCCGUGGCGGAAAACGGGACCUGGAGGGGGUUCUAUUGAGAAGCAUGUGAUGACUCAUGCGAGGCAGACCGCUUCCCUCAGCCAGAAUCACAGUAGUUCUGAGUGGUGGGAUUGUAGUCGUCCUUGGCCUCAUGCUGGCGCAAUGGGAGGCGACUGGCCUGAGGGUGCGUUACGAUUUGGCAGGACAAAGAAAAUAAGUGGGAUCCUGAAAGAAGAGAAAGGCAUGGCGAAGAGGAGGAACAAAAAGAAAGAGGGAAUAAAACGUUCAGACCAGGAGAGAAAGCUGCACCGGAAACAAGAGAAGAAGCGCAACCGAAAGUUGUACCCUUUGCGAGGGAGGGCUGGGAAUGCGGAUGAGGAAGGGCGGAGCUGCAAUGUUCUCCUCACUCGUUUUGAAGAAAACUUACGCAAACAGGAAAGGUCUAAAGAAAGGGGGAAAAAAGAUGGUCACAUAUCCAGAAAAGGGAAAUGUAAGAAAAGAGAACAGGCAAAGGUGUUACCAAAAGGCAAAGUUAAGACAAAAGGCCUAGAUUUUGCAAAGUGUGUUGAACUCAAAGACUUGCUACCACGCAAGCGUAGACUAGCUUCCCUCAAUGCCGAAGCGGUAAACAGUUUACUACUUGAAAGAGCUGAUGCUCAGCCAGCAGCCAAACAGGCCAGGAGACAAGAGGAUUAUGUGGAGGGAGGGGUUCCCUUGGAUCCAGCCAGAGGUAAUGUGCAAGGGGGUCUGAAAACUUCACAAGAAAACGGUCGUAAAUGUUCCACGUCUGAAAAGCCUGAUUUGUUCCAAAGUUCCAAGCUAAGCAAGAAGAGAAGUGAUGAAAGUAUUUGGAUGAGCCAGGAAUGUUUGAAUGCACCUACACCGAGACGGUUGGCUGGACUUAAUGCUGCAGCCCUACUGAAGUUAACCAGCUCCUCUGCUACCAGUAAACAAAGAGCAAAGCCUACACCUACAGCAGCUAACACUUCAGAAUAUGUAGUCCCUGCUGCAAUCUCAACCCCAAAGCAGCACCACAAGGUCAAAUCCCAACACAACAGUCGUGUACAGAAAAGAAAGGGCACCAAAGCCCCCCCAGGGCCUGGUUGCUGCACAACCUGCAAAGAGAAAGUAGACUUUGAGCCCAAAGUGGAGUGGGAGACGGCCAGCUGCAACCGUUACCUGACCAAUCAAGGCUAUCAAUCUCGUAGCAUGCUAGCAUACCCGCUGAAACAAGUGAAGGAAGAACAGCUGGAGGCCGAGCUGAGUCCAUACUACUGCUGUCCAAAUGAAGGCUCUGUGGAAUACUGCCACCGCUUGGCAUACUUCCUCAGUCAGCAGACCUACGGAGACUCCGAAGACCAAUCGCUCAAGUCAGCAAUGCCUCCUGUGAAGCCAGAGUGCCUAGUAACCUCACCAUCACUCACGCAUUCCCACCCACACACGGCCCUCACCCUCAGCCCUCACCCAUGCCUGUGCACAGCGGACCACUGCUUCUCCAGCUACUAUGUCCACAUUGCCCACCCAACACACACUGGAACUAAUUCAGCAACCUUAGCCACACAACCUCUCAACUUCACCUCAUCCAGUUUGUGCUCCAGUCAUAUUAGCAGCUCCAAGCUGCUGGGACAACAAAUGUCUCAUGCCUCAGGGUUAACCCACCCUUCCUACUGCAACUCUGUGUCUUCUCCCUGUUAUGGAGAUGCCUGCGGCGUCACUGGCUACACCUACAGAGCAAUGCCUCCAGUCACAAGCAGAGGCUGUUCCUUUAGUACUGGAUGCACUGGAUGUACGCACAGUAUCAAGAAAGAGGGUGAUCACAGCCCUUCCCUGCUUGUUCCCCCCACCAUGCCCAUCUCCAGCUUCCCUCUCUCCAGCGUGCCCACCUCCACACAGACUAAACCCUGCCUGCUGAGCCCCCUGUCUGGGCGAGACCAGCCCCAAGCUAGGCUAAAACUAGCCAAGGAAUGCCCACAGAGCACCAAGGUGUCCAACGGUUCCCUGUCCGUGGGCCGUGCUCAGCUACUGACCAAACAAGUAUCGCCUGUGCCAAACCUCAGCAAACACAAGAAAAUGACCCGCAGACGUGCUACGAACGGCUGGAGGCCCGUGGGGAUCCCAACAGAAAGGGAAGUUUUUGUUGCGGGAGAGGAUGAGGCAGCUGUACGACAGUGCUACGAAGGAGUCGAGCGAGACGGUGAGGUGAUACACGUAAGAGACACUGUUCUGCUACGAUCUGGCCCCCGGAAGAAAUCCCUCCCAUAUGUCGCCAAGAUCUCAGCUCUGUGGGAGGACCCCAAAACAGGAGAGCUGAUGAUGAGCCUUUUUUGGUACUACAGACCUGAGCACACCCAAGGAGGCCGAGAUCCCAGCACACACUGUGAGAAUGAGAUUUUCGCCUCUCGGCACCAGGAUGAAAAUAGUGUGGCCUGCAUAGAAGACCGAUGCUACAUUCUUCCACUCGCCCAGUACUGUAGAUUUUGUGCCUUGGUAAAGCGGCGGGCUGAAGGAGCCCCACCUGGCAGGGCCAGUGUGGUGCCCUUCCGCCCAGACUUUGCCCCCCCCUCCCAUCGCUGCGUGCCCAUGGAUGUCGACCCCGAGCUGGUGUACCUCUGCAGGCACGUCUACGACUUUCGUUACGGGCGCAUCUUGAAGAACCUGCAGUAGUGGGAGCAAAAGGCACCUUUUGAAAGAAACCAUCAUGCAGCUUCACCUCCUGCAGAGGAGGGGCACCAAAGGACAGACCCACCCACCCCUCAGAUGUGGAGGGAAAGUGAAGAGGGGAGGGGCUUGGUUUUGGCUAGCAUACUGACAGAUUAUGAAGCACAGAUUCCUUUACUAAUACGAUGGAACGUGAGAUUAGAGCACCAGUGAUGGUUGGAAAAGCAAACAAUUCAUCCAUCGACUCAGAUGUUUUAGUUUCAUUAAAGCUCGUGUCCCACCCCCACAUCCCAUUCCUGCCAGGGAUGUUUCUGUUCGAGCCGUGUUCCCCCUGAAGCCUCUCAGCACAACAAUCACGUUUGUUCCAUUCGUGGGCUGCUGCUUCACGGAUGGUCCGGCGCCGAGGUGCUGCUGGGGAAUACGAGUCUGCUCAGAGCUAACGACGCUCCACCAGCCGGGGCAAAACAACUCUGGAUGUUUCUGUUGGAGAACGGAGAGCAGACGUUGUCCUUGCGGUUAAUUUAACGAGUAGAUGCUUUUUUUUUUUUUUUUUUUUAAAUCAAGCCUAACAAGCACCUUUACAUCAGUCUGCUCCCUGAUUCUCUACACAAACUUACUUCACCUAAAUAAAUAAGAAGUAAGCCUGGAUCCCACUGGGCUGCAGUGAGACAAAAACACACCGACCGACCUGGCGUGCAGGUAUGACGCUGUCGUACCUGCAAGUAAAUCCAGGCAAACUUUCAUCUCGCAGUUUAAUCACGGACUCGUUCCAUUUGAAAAACAAGGAAGGAUUUCACCGAACUGGUUUCGUUUUAAUCCCAUAAAAUCAGAUUUUUUUCUAGAUUGAACAAGUGGCUGACAGGUGUGGAUAUGAGCAGAGGGCAGAAACAAUACCUUUAUUUAAAAUGGCCAACAGCACUUAAUCUAAAAUGCAAAGAAUGAUCCAUUUAAAUAAAAAAGCAUCAAUUUGACCUCCUCUCUACAAAACCUCAGCAACAAUGUAAAAUUCAGAAUUCCUACUGUGUAAAAUCGGAUCUUGCAACUAAACGAUUUUUUUCCACCAGGAACUCCCGUGUCCUCCCUCACGCUUCCCCCUCCUUGCUGGCACUUGUUCCCAUGAUUCAUUGCACUAACAGAUUCCUUUAUAACAACACGAUUGUUUGUUUUGAAACCAGCUGCUAAUAUAUUAGUGAGACCGGGGUCAUAUUCUACAUCAUCUGUUUUAGGGCUGCACGAUAUUAGGAAAACCUGCGAUAUUCGAUAACAAUCAUUAAUAUUGCGAUGACGAUAUUACUUGCGAUAAAUAAACUUAACUCAGGAACAAAAAUAAUCAAAAACAAAAAUAAAAACAAUCAUAAAAGUGAGAAAAGCAAACGAUGUGACGAAAGGGAAAACGAAAACAAGAAAAGGCAAUCAGUGGAUCCCAGGAAAAGCAGAAUCAGCAUAAAGAGCUGAACAAAGCUAACUCAGGUGUUUGCUAACCAUCAAAAUUAGGUGCCAUCCGCCUCGGGGGCGGGCAUCUAACCUAUGAGAACCCACCCGAUUGGCCAAAUGGGUGAAGAGCUCUAUUUGAUUAGUUAAAAAAACAUCAUGCUUCUGUUGGAUUGACAGAAUGCAUUAUGUGUAGCAAACAUUUGAGCUGACCAUUCAUUGCGAUAUUUAUCUGUUCUUUGCGAUACGCAUAUUGCGCAUGCUGAUAUCGCGAUAACAAUAUAUUUACGAUAUAUUGUGCAGCCCUAAUCUGUUUGCAUUUGAUGAAGGAAACAAUAACGGCUGCUUUUGUCGAUGAAAACUGUAGAUUUCUGUGAGCAGUAGUGGAGACGCCCAGCUGGAGUCAUUCCUUUUGUUUGUAAUCAGUUUUGACCCGUGCUCUAUGGAUAUAAUAUAUAAUAUAUAUGUACGUGUCCACAUCCAUGUGAUUAGAUUUGCAGAAGGCGGCAGGAUGGAGUCCUGACUUUCUGUGUGGACAAACGUAGCACUGUGAUGGAUGCGUGAUUGGAAAGCAGGUGUGUGUGUGCGUGUGUGGUGUGUAUGUGUGUGUGUUUGACAGUCGGGGGUGGGGGUACUUUAAAAUGAGUUGUGGCCAAUUUCAAAUCGUGCUCUUUGUUUGCCUUUUAACCUGCAAGUGUUUUCCUGUCACUCGAGUAGUGUCGGAUUGUGUGUGUGUGUGUGUGUGUGUGUGUGUGUGUGUGUGUGUGUGUGUGUGUGUGUGUGUGUGUGUGUGUGUGUGCGUGUGUGUGUGUGUGUUCCUUUUCAAAGAUAUAAAGAGUCCCCCGAUAGUUUUCCCGCACGGUGAUAUUUGAAAAGUUGUAAAAGUUGCCCCCACACACACUAAAGCCAUCUUUAACGUCCCGCCUGUGCGAGCUAAUCCCAAACUAAAUCAAAUCCAGAUAAUUGGGUUGUCUUUUUCUUUUCUUUGUCUAAUUUCAGAAGUUUCUCUCCCCUUAUUAUUCAAAGAAGUAAUAUAUAUUCUCCUACUUUAAUAUUUUAUUAUGUCGAUUUCCUAGAAUGAUGUAUGCAAUAUAGUUUUUUAGACUAUUUUUGGAAAACCGACCUAACAAAUCUAGAAUAUGCAUUAUUUUGUUAAUUUCAGAUACGUUUCAAAUUGUGACAGUGUUAAUUGACCAAAUGAAAGAAGAAAAAAGAUUGAAGGGACUGGUUGUGGUCACGUGAUCUCCAUCCCUUCUUCCAGGAAAUUAACAUAUCUAAGUCCAGGAAGCACCACACACUCUUUUUGAACAAUGCACCAUGUAGAAUAUUUGCAAAAUCAGUGAUGAUUCUAUUUAAAGAAAGAAAUUUAUAUUUAAAUGAAAAACAAAAACAAAAAACUAUUAAAUAUAUGAAGAUUUAACUUAUUUGGAAUUACUUUGUCUCAUUGAUGAACUUUAUCUUGUGAUCCAGGAUAGAAUUAGCUUUCUGUUUGUUUGUGACUCGAUGAGAUUAAUGGCAGAAACGUAACCGUUUAGAUUUCCAGUGUUAUGUUAGGAGGGUGGAGACGAGACCAAAAUACAGCUGCCACCUUUCGCCUCCGCAGACAGAACAGAGGCGCUCUGAUUUGAUUUGACCUCCUCGGAGACUUGGAAUGCCCGAACCUGUCCGGCCUUAAGGGUUACGUGAGCUUUCAUUGGGUAGUUCUUUUUAGGAAGGAGAUGAGCAGUAUGGAAGAGACAAGACGUAGGAGUCAAGUUGUCCCUCAACAACUCGUAACUAAAGCUAGAAGUUUUACCCUUCUGGGACUUCUAAGGAUUAGAACCAUUUUCCAAGGUAAUAAUUAUAAUUAUAAUUUACAAGCACGUCUUUGAAUUCUAUUGUGGAUUGUUCUCCCAACUCUUAUUCUGGUUUAAGAGUUGAGCCACAGCUAGAUGUUUGUUAUAUCCACCAACAAGCCCCCAGCACAGUUCUGGUUGAUGUGUCGUGGUGGUUUUGGUGAAUUUCAUCGACACUGGUUUGUUUGCUGACAUGGACUUGACUUUUAUCACAGCUGACACGUUUUUAAUUCUGUUGAGGUUGGAGCUUUGGGAUGACCGUUACUGGAGUUUAACGUGAGUCGGAUUUCUCCAAUCAGGAACCAGCUCUGAUGUGUUUGGGGUCAACGGCCUGUUGGAACACCCAACCAUGCCAACCGUCAAGCUGAUGAUUUCAGGUCGAGUUGCAUAAUUUGGAGAUUGCCCACUUUGCUCACUGAACCAGCCCCAUAUCAUGAUGCUACCACCACCAUGCUUGACAGUUGUUCAACGUUCUCCGGUUGGAAAGCCUCUCCUUGACUCCUCCAUACUCGAGCUGUGUCUCGUCUGAGCUCAAAACUGUUUUCCAGAGGGUAUUUGGCUCAUCCAGCUUCGUACUUAAGUUUGACCUUCACUUUUGGAGUAGGAGUGUUUUUCUUGGUGUGCACCCACUCAGUCCAUGGUGAUGUAAAACUAGCUUCACACUCCCAACAGUUUCCAGUUCAUGGUAGGUCUGAGUGUAAUUGGUUCUCUGGUUACAUCUGUACAUUACAAGUACCAUCAUAACUACCGAUAACGACCCAAACGAAGAGAGAAAAUCCACAAUAAAUUCAAAUGCUGACGUCUAUAUCGAUAAUUAAAAGCUCCAAAUUGACAUUUGUGUCCAUAAUGGGUGCUUAGGAAAGAGGGAGAUGAUUUAGGACACCCUCCAUGCAGAUCAGGGGUCCUUUUCCUACAGCUGUUUGCCUCUUAGAGGGCAGAAACUGUCCCAACAGCGUCUCUCUUCUUGAAAAAGCAGUUAUUGGAAGCUCAUCAGACCACGUGUGACAAACCCCCUAAGCGCUGGCCAGCCUUGUGGAAAGCAUGGACUAGAUUGUAUGUUGGCAUAACUUGAUUACUCACCGGCUUUGCAUGGGCUACAGUUACAUCCUCCGUUGUCGUGACAACAAGGCUGGGCAGCACUCGGGGAACAGAGAAAAGUUUCAGCAUACUCUCGUGGUCUGCAGCGGCAGAUGAAAAGCUGAGCAACCUUCAUCGUUGCGUCCCAGAAGGCACCUCGCUCACUCCAUUAGACGAAACGAGAGCUUCUGCUUUCUCUGGCCUGUAAUGAUGCUCAUUGUUUGCAUAUAUUUUCAUAUAUAUUUGUAAAAUAUGUGGGAUGUACAUUUUAGAUAUUUUUGGAGUAGAAAGAAAUGUGUGUAUCAGAGUAUUGUCCCCUUUGGAAGAUCUCUUGGAUUUUUUUUAAGAAUAUAUCAUCCCGACUGAUUUAAUGUAUCAUUGAGAGAAUAUUUAUAAAAUUUAAGUCCUUUGUGCAAA